AUGAUGAUGAACGGUUGUUGUGGGUGCUGUGGUCGCGCUGCGCUGGUGAAGCAGUGUCUGCUCGCCCUCAACACGUGGACACCGCGAUUGCUUGUGGGAUCCUGCCUCGCAUACAUGGCGCUGGACCGUACACGCUAUUCCCUCCUCUUUGUUGCUGGCUCUCUCCUUGAUGUCGCCGUCGGCAAGCUUGUCAAGCGUGUUGUGGAUGAAGGACGACCAGCAACGUCCAAGAAGCAAACGCGGGGCAUGCCCUCCACGCACGCCAACAGUCUCUUCUACUUUGCCGUCUCUACGCACCUCACACUGUACAACGCCUUCAACAACCCGCCGUCUCGAUUACUGCGUGAUGCCGUUCCUGCUUUGGGAUACGUCUGGGCAGCGAGCGUCGCAUACACACGCGUAUCGCUCACGGGCGAUCACACCCCGCCGCAGGUUGUUGCAGGGGCUGCACUCGGCACCGCGUUUGCCCUUGGCUGGCAUCAAAUUGCCCUCGCAUGA